AGCCACUGCUAGAAAACUAAAAAAUAAUAUACUGUUUACUUUAACUGUUGAGGUUACAAUUUUUUUAUCUAUACAUUAAAAAUAUAAACUCAAAAUAGUAAUUUAAGAUGUGGGAAUCUUCUAAUCGCGAAGAAAAAAAAUUCAAUGCAGAAACUUACAGAUUAAUUGGUGAAGCCCAAUUGCACAAGUUUAAUUUUUUUUUAGAAAAAUUUGGUAAAACAAUUAACACAUAUAAGAGCCAAUUUAAAAAUUAUUACAAUAUAUCAUCAGAACUGAUUUUAAUUGAUGGCAAUUUUUUUAAAAUCAGUUCAGUUUUAAAUUUAGUUCAUUCAGAUAAUAAAAUUUUAAGUCGAAUUUUAGCCAGUUUAGGAGGAAUAUGUAAGGAAAUUCAGUCUUUAGUAAAUGAAGCGGAAUGGUUUUAUAGACAGUUUUUAUUUUAUAAAAAUACUGGUAAACUUUCGGAUCAUCACAUAUCUGUUAGUAAAAUGAUCGAAUCAUUACAAAAAGUUCAUUGCUAUAUUAAUCGUGUCCAACAUGUGACAGUUUUAACGUUACGACAAUUAAGUGCAACAUUAGGAAAACGUUUUUAUAUUACUAGUAAUACCUCUAGUUUUCUGGAAAUAUUUAACAAUUUGGGAGAUCUGUUCAUAUGCAUAUUAAAAUUAGAUAGUUUACUAGAAUCCCAAACUCUAAAAGAACAUUGGUUUUCGUACAGAAGAUUGGUAAAAAAUAUGUACCAUAAUCACACGAAGUAUGAUUUUGAAAGAGAACAGUUGUCAUCAUUGGAUAAGACAUUGAUGGUCCUUGAAAAUGACUUAUUAAUGGGAGGGAUGUUAAAGACAAUAAUGGAAAAAUGUUUAGAAGACAAAAUUUUAUACUCUCAAGUUAAAAGUUGCAGCUUAAAUCAGGAAUUGAAUGCUUAUCUAAAUCAUUUAUUAGAUACCCUUGAGAAAGAUACGGAGCACGUUUUAUUUGUGCAUCAAUGGCUAAAAUUGAAUGUAUUGUUCGUCUUCUACUUAAACAUAUUUGGCACUUCUGAUAAAAAAUUAAUCAAAAGAACUUUAGAAUUGGAUAAAAAGGUAUCCGCAUGUACUUUAAUUGGAAAUAUUUUAUGGUAUCCGGAACAGUUUCUAUUAAAACAUAUCCAAAACUCGGAAAAAUAUAUUAAUGAAAAAACUGUAGAUAGUUACAGACUAAGCAUUUUACAGUACAAAAGUCAAACGUUACCGAAAGAAUCAGAUAUCUUAUGUGCCCAGGGUUGUCAUUUUUUGGUGGAUUUGAAGAAAAUAACCGAAUUGAAUACAAGAAAUUUGAGAACUAAACAUUUCCAGAGUAUUGAACAUUUGUUAAUUGAUGGGCUGACGUUAAUACAAAAAAUCUCUUCUGUGAUUAAAUGGACUUUGAAUGUGCACACAGAGAAAGGUUUGCCAGUCACAAAAUCUGUAGUAUUGGCUGUUUGCAAACUAACUGAAGUACUGAAGAGCAUAUGUAUCAUGUUCAACAAAAACCUAAUAUCAAUGGUUUACAUAAUUUUGUUAAUCUGUCAACAUUUAUCUCAUAAAGCUUUAAGUAUUCUACAUAAUAUUCGGAAACAAUUCACACAAGAAAAAUCUUAUAAGGAACAUCAGUUAGAUGUUUUAUCAUCACUAAAUGUAUGUGAGCAAGCAUUGAGAGGACCUAACACUAAUGAAACUUUGCUGUUUGUAAAUUUGUCUUUAUCAGCUAGUGGAUUAAGUGCGUCAAACCUGGAGGAAAUACGAUCUAUCUUAAAUAAACUAGAAUUGAUGAUAAAUUUCACCACCUUGCUGAAGGACAUUUCUAAUUGCUCAUUCUUAUAUUGGCAUCAAAAUUACAUACUACCAGUGUAUUUUUCGAAACUUAUAACUUCAAAAGCAAAUUUAUCCAGGUAUCAGCUUAUAUUGAGUGUCUUAACUGAUUGUGCUGCCACUGCAGGACCUGAAAUAAAUGAAGUAACCAGCAAAAUUAUUAAGGACCGUUUUUUUGUCCCUGUGGAACAAAUUAUUGAAACAAAUUUGAGACUCCAAACUCAUCUCCAUCUCCAGCUCCCUCCAUCCGAUCCAUUCCAGAAUUACUUUGCUUUAAAUUUUCAUAAAUACUUGCCUACUCCUAUGGACAACCAUUAUAAAAGCAUUACCAAGGAAACGGAACAUUAUUUAAGUUCGAUGUUUUACAAUUUAACAACAGUGGUUUUACAUGACUGGAAAACGUAUGGAGAAAUGAGAAGGUUAGCUUAUAAUCAGUACGGUUUAGAAACAGUUGAUGACAAUUUGCCUAUGCAAACUUUAGAGCAAGGACUGGACGUUUUGGAAAUUAUGCGUAACAUAAAUAUCUUUGUUAGUAAAUACCUUUAUAAUUUAAACAACCAGGUAUUCAUCGAAGAAUCGAGUAACAACAAACAUUUGAAUUCCAUCAACAUAUCACACGUAGCCAAUUCCAUACGUACCCACGGAAUUGGAAUAAUGAAUACUACUGUUAAUUACACAUAUCAAUUUUUAAGAAACAAAUUCUACAUAUUUUCCCAAUUCAUGUUUGAUGAACAUAUAAAAUCGAGAUUGUUAAAGGAUUUACGAUAUUUUGCCGAGCAUAAAAACGAAUUACAUCAAAUGUACCCUUAUGAGAGGGCAGAAAAAUUUAAUUCCGGUAUAAGACAACUGGGGUUGAAUCAAAAUGGAGAGAGCUACUUAGAUUUAUUUAGAAAACUGAUUACACAUAUAGGAAAUGCAAUGGGAUAUAUUAGGCUGAUAAAAUCAGGAGGCAGACGUUGUUUAGCUGAUGGAACAUGCUUUAUUCCGGAUUUAAAAAGUAUUCAGUAUUUAAAUGAAAUUAUCAGUCAAGAGGACAUGCCUGAUUUAACGCAAAAAGCGGGAACGUGCUUUUUGGAUGACCUCCAAUCUUUCCUAGAUAAUAUCGAGGAAGCUACAGAAUAUUUUAAACUGCUGGUUAAAGUUUUCGUACCAGUAUUGAGAAACAAUAACAAUGUUCAUUUGAAAAAUUUUUACAUGAUAGCUCCACCGUUGACAAUUAAUUUCAUCGAACAUUCCUUAAAUUGUAAAGAAAAAUUAAAUAAAAGGAAUAAAGCUGACUGUGCCUUCACUGAUGACGGAUUUGCUUUAGGAUUAGCCUACAUUAUUGAAUUACUGAACCAAGAAAGUCAGCUCAAUUCAUUACAUUGGUUUCAAUCAGUGCAAAGAAAAUUUAAAAAUGAGAGAUUGAAAAUCAAAGAACAAAGUAACAUUUUAACAAACAGUGAUGAUACUAAGUUGAGACAAACUUUGACAUUAACGGAAAAGAGAAUAUCUUUAUUUGAGAAGGAAUUCCAGCUUCUGUAUUACAGCUUCAGUAGCGCAAGAUUAUUCUUUCAAGUUUAAGAUAAUUUUGUCCAUAUAAAUACAUUAUUUAAGGUUACCAGUUUAUAUGUUAUUAUUUUAUAUAAAGUGAUAUUUUGUAUAG